AUGCACAUUUCAAUACAUUUUAUAGAAGACUUUGAUGGUUAAAAUGAUUAAGAUUGAAGAAUGUAGUUGAAAUGUAUGUACAUCAAAAAAGGAUUCAAUAUUCACAAAAGUAUGGAUCCGAUAUCAAGGAAGGAAGAGGAGGACAGAGAACUGAGCCAAAUUUUUAACAAACUCACAAACUACAAAGUCUACCCUGAAAGAUGGUGGUUAAUGGCAACUGUGGUUAUUUUGAAUUUGGCAAACUAUGCGCACUGGAUAGCGUUCCCAGCCGUAGCGAAGAAGGCCGCAGCAUAUUAUGAGGUUACAGGAGAUCAGUUAGAUAUGAUUCCAACUGUGAGUUAUGCUGCUGGAAUUCCAACCUGUCUUCUUGCAACAUAUCUCGUGGAGUCCAGAGGACUUAAGUUUGGGAUUAGGAUUGGAUCUAUUCUUACAGGCCUUGGUGGAUUUCUGUGCUGUGUUGGCACAUUUCCAGGGUUAUCUGUAUACAUACCCAUCCAUGUUCAGUACUGGAUGGCUCUAUUAGGCCAGGCUGCUACAGGCGUUGCCUGUCCCUUCAUAUCCUGUGUUCCUACAAAGAUCUCCCUUCACUGGUUUCCAGACAAUCAGAGAACACUUGCAACUACUGUAAUCGGUAUGAGCUAUCCUCUAGGUAUAGUUGUAGGACAGGGGCUUACUCCUCUAAUAAUUAAAAGCCCGGAUCAGAUUCCUCUCAUGAAUAUCAUUUUUUUCAUCCCUGCUGGAAUAGGAGCAGUUCUUGGCAUAAUAAAAGUGAAAGCUAACACUCCACCAAGCCCACCAAGUCCAUCAAGCCAGCUAUGCGUAAACAGGAAGAUGAACUAUAUUCACACUUUGAAGGAGGUUUUUACUAACAAAGCUUUUGUAAUAAUAUUCUUGUUCCUUGGGGGCGCCAUGUCCUUCAUCUCAUGUUUAGCGACCAAGAUGGAGCAGAUAAUGUGCAGUGUCGGUUACAGUGAUGAGAUGGCUGGUCUAACAUGUUCCAUUGUCAUCUUCUCAGGAGCACUUGGAACCGUUCUCUUUGGAGUAGCAGCAGAGAAAACGGGAAGAAUGGUGGAAAUAACAAAAAUAUGCUGUUUUGGUUCCAUUAUUUGUCUCCUUGUUCUCUCCUACCUCCUCCUCAUGCCAGAUGUAAUGGGGUAUAUUAUAGCAGCAAGUGUACUCCUGGGUGUAUUCACAUUAGGAGUCUUUCCUUUAGCCCUCGAGCUUACUGUAGAGGCUACGUACCCAGCUGACCAGGCCACCGUUACUUGUUUUAUAUUCCUCUCCUCAGCAGUACAGGGAGUUCUACUUAUGGUUACAGAAAAUUGGUUAGGCGACCCUCUACCAGACAAAUACAAGACGAUAGAAACAUGUUCAAUGGGGCACGGUGUUGGAGAUGAGGAAUCAGGGUUCCUUGAGCCCAAGGAUUACACAAACUACCUUCUAUUUGUUGUCUUAUACGUCACUAUACUCAUCUGUAUCUACAUGUUUUUCUUCAAGACAGAGUUGAGAAGAACCAACGCCAACAAUAUCAGGAAGAGUAUGCAGAUUGCAAAGUUUAGAUCAGAUAUGGAUGUAGAAAGUCUAAUACCUGGAGGGAUGACAGUUGUGAGAGCAGUUUCUCCACGAAAACGACUCAUCACGUGCUGAUAACCCCUCGUUAACAGGAGUCGAUGAAUUUAGUCAUGAAACUAAGCAGUAAUUUUGAAAAUAUUAAAGAAAAAUGUAUCAUUUCCCAGACAUGAGCAAACCUGUAAGCGACAUUAAAUAUUCUACACGGAGCUCUCAUUAAAAUAAACUUCCGGUUCAAAUUAGUUAAAUACAUUACAUGCAAAACAAUCUGUCUAAUAUUUAAUUUUUGUAAAUAUAUAUUUAUUUAUUAUUA